AUGAACAAAAAAGAAACCGAUAAAUUUGUUAUCAAUGAGAAAGAAAACAUAUCAGCAAGUUCAAAUAGAUGUAAUUCAAAAUGGUGGAAUCAAGGUUAUCAUCAGCAACAAAUUAUUUGUCGAAUAAUUGAAUCAUUUUAUUUUCGUGCUCUAACUAUUUUUCUCGUUCUUCUUGAUAUAUCAUUACUAAUUGCUGAAAUAAUGUUAGAGUCACUUAAAAUUCAAAGUACAUGUGAAAGUUAUUUUCAUCAUUCAUCAAAACAUUACCACGAAAUGAUUAAAGAACGCAUUGAAUUGUUUAUGGAAAUAUCCCAUUAUGCAUCCAUAAUAAUUUUGAGUUUUUUUGUCAUUGAACUAUUAUUUAGAAUUUAUGCAUCUGGAAAAGAAUUUUGGAAUAUUCGAAGAAAAAAAAUGGAAUAUUUCGAUGCAUUCGUUGUUAUUACAUCGUUAAUUAUUGAUUUAUAUUUUUUACGUAGCAAAAAGAAAAAUCUUAGUAAAAAAAUACUUAUAUUUUCAUUUCGUCUUUGGCGUUUUGUUAGAAUUAUUAGUAGUGUCGCUGAAAGUGUUCGUGAUGAACAAAUAGAGCACAAACAACGUUUAAAUAAACAAUAUCUUAUUGCUAUUCACCGACUCGCCGAUCUUCUUUUACAUAAAACAAAUUAUGUUGAAAAUCAUAGUGGACAGUUGAAUUCUGUACUUGAACAUUUUCAUAUAAUUGAUGCUCAAUGUCAAUCAUCACUUGAUACACUUCAGCAAAAUCAUGAAUUAACUUCAUCAAAAGUCGUAGAGGAAUUUAUUAAAGAAUUAAAUGAACUUGAAAAUAAAAAUGAUAAUAUUAUUACCUCAACAAUUUUUAUCAAGUCAUCAGAAGUAUAA